GACCAGAAGGUGUUGCUUGUUCGCACUCAGGGUCAAUACAGUGCUGUUGGAAGCCGGUGUUCUCAUUACUACGCUCCUCUCAUCAAAGGUAACCCUUCUCUAUCUCUAUAUACCCAUAUCUGAAGUAAUAACUUUAUUUAGUGUUUUGCAUUUGUUACGACCGGCUCGGGAGUCGCAACAUAUAGGAGGGACACAACACCAAGUUAGGUUAAAAACAACCACAGCUGCCAGUUUAUUUACAGGACACAAGUAAACUGUAGUGUGCAAAUCCCACUGCAGACCAGGGUCUGGUGCCAGGCAGAUGAGAGAGAGCGAGGGCGGAGCAAGGAGGUGCUUAUAUAGGUAAACCACAUCCUCAUCCAGGUGCCCUCAAUCACUCGUUAGGGAGCUGCACCUAGAAGUCAAUAGACACAGAAUACACACACACACACACCCAAGCACAAACAUUCACAGCAGGACAUAGAACCAUACGUAACACAUUGAAGUUGAGAAGUAUUCAUUGCAUGUUCUCUAAUAAACCAGGAGUGCUGGUUGGUGACAGAGUGAGAUGUCCCUUGCAUGGUGCCUGCUUUAAUGUCAGAACUGGAGAUAUCGAAGAGUAUCCAGGUCUGGACUGUCUGCCUAGUUAUAAGGUAAACGUUGAGGAUGGCAAGGUGUAUGUUUCCAUCAACAAAGGUUCUCUGAAGUUGACGAAGCGCGUGAAGGAGAUGUGCAGCAGGGUGCCAGACAUCAAACACACUACUCUGCUGAUAGGAGGAGGCCCUGCCUCGCUUGUUUGUGCUGAAACACUGCGGCAGAACUGCUACCAAGGUCGAAUCCUCAUGGUAACCAAAGACACCCUGCCUCCAUUUGACAAGCCCAAACUGAGUAAGGCUUUGGACCUGGACAGCAGCAGCAUUCUCCUCCGACCAAGUGACUUCUACCAGCAGCACGGGGUUGAAGUGUGGACACAGAAGGAGGUGAUGUCGGUGAACCCGGCCGAUAAGGCGGUGAAGUUGUGUGACGGCUCUUUGCAGCGUUACGACCAGCUUCUUAUCGCAACCGGCUGUAGAGCGCGACCGCUCGGCUGUCCUGGUUGGGACCUGAAGGGAGUGAAGUUGCUGCAGAGAUAUGAAGACGCCAAAGAGAUUCACAGCUCCGGUCUGGGCCAGAAAGCUGUUGUGAUCGGAUCCUCCUUCAUAGGUAUGGAGGUGGCCUCCUACUUAUCCAACAAAGCUGCCAGUGUGGCCGUGGUUGGCACUUCCGGAUACCCGUACGAGCGGUCACUGGGGCCAGAGAUCGGCAAAAUGAGCAUGCAAAUGUUGGAGGAAGAAAACGUAAAGUUUUACAUGAAUGACAGAGUCACUGAGAUCCAAGGGGAGAACGGCAAGGUGAAGCGGGUGGUGCUGAAGAGUGGUAUCGUCCUGGAGGCCGAUGUAGUGAUUGCUGGAAUUGGUGUAAUCCCCAAUUCAGACUUCUUGGCAGGAAGCAAGUUGGAAGUGGAUUCAAGGAAAGCUGUGGUUGUUGACAAGUUCAUGAGGACCAAUGUACUGGAUAUCUUUAGUGCUGGAGAUGUUACCUCUUUCCCUCUGACCAUUCGUGGAGACCAAAGGGUCAAUGUGGGUCACUGGCAAAUGUCACAAGCUCAAGGAAGAGUAGCUGCCUUAAACAUGCUGAAGAAACCAACCAAAUGUGAGUCUGUUCCUUUCUUCUGGACCGUGUUAGUUGGGAAGAGUAUCCGAUACACAGGCUAUGGGAAAGGAUACACAGAAAUCAUAUUCAAAGGCAAAGUGGAAGAAAGGAAGUUCCUGGCGUUUUACAUCAAAGAUGAUGUGGUGGUGGCGGCGGCCAGCCUGAUGUUCGACCCAGCUGUGGCUUGUCUUGCAGAGCUGAUGGCGACUGGCCAGAUUAUAACAAAGGCACAGGCUCAAGCUGAAGACUUGAGCUGGCUGCAGAUGUGACCUGAUGUAUGAAAACACCUCUCAGUGACGAAGGAUGGCGCCUUCAUCUUUCUUCUUCCUCUCUUGUUCUAACUACAGAUUCCACUAAUCUAUUACUAUUAUUAUUAUUAUUAUUAUUAUUAGCCACCUAACAUAAAUAUAUACAAACAAUGUUUAAACUCCAAGACUCUAUAAACACUUAAUUUAAUAGUAUUUUGUAGUAUAGUCAUAGUUAAGUAAUAGUAUUUUUCAUACUAUUUCAUCCACUUAAAACUUCCUGAAAACACAUAAACUACUACAAAUGACUUAGUUACAAUAUAUUUGAGUAACUUUUUUAGAAUUUAAAAUACAACGGUCAGUUAAAAUGUUGCGCUCAACAAAUGCAAUGAUAAACAGGUUGAUUAUUAACUUUUUCUUUUUUCUUUUUUUUUUUUUUUACUUUUAUCAAUACCUCUGUUUAAUAGAAUCAAUCAUAAAUGUUUAUAGCAGAGAUGUUAAUGUUUCAUCUUUAUCAUAAAACUUGAAAUUUACAUGAAUAUAAAUGAAAGCGCUCUGUGUAAUCUUACCUUAUGCUUUGUGGUGCAUAACUUAAGCUCAGGUAUUAAACAAAUCUGAUUGUUCAUAUCAUACUUACUGUUGUCAGCUGCAGUAUGAGGAUGUGUGUUCUGUCUGUUCUCAGUUUUUCCUUAAAUUUUUUGUUACACUGAUGAUAAUAAAUCAUUAUUCAUCAGUAGAUAACUUUUUUUUGAUUUUCCUAGGUUGCUUCUGAGAUGUUGACGCAACGUAAUAAUCUUAAUCAGGUGUUGGUGGAACAUUUCUCGUCAGUGAUUAUUAGGUCUUUGUAGUUUUACUUCCACUUUGUUGUUCAUUGCUCUUUUGAGUCUGUGUGUCCUGGUUUUUUGGCAAACUGGCUUUUUUUGUGCAUUUUAUAAACCCCCCCGCACUACUGUACCUGUAAGCUGGGAAGUCCACUCUCGGUAGUCUUUGCUUACUUAAAGCUGUCAGAAUCUCAGUGUUGCCAUAUAAUCAUAUUCCAUGUGUCCUGUCUCUCUGCUCUUACACUGCCAUAUGAUGUCUGAUGUGUCCAGUCCUGUUUGGAAAAAUAACCCCACUAAAAACUUCUGAUCAUAAAAAAAUAAGUAACUCUUUCAUGGUGCACAAUGACAACUUAAUCAGUCAAGAACACUAGCAAGAUGCUUUUAUUGUGAUUUGUACACAGAACCGUUUACUUGUUCAUAUUACUUUGACGUUUCUCAAGUAGGUCGAAGCAUCAAAAGUUAAAACAAUUACUACAAAAUGUUAUUUUAGUAUUUGGAGACUUUUUAUUUCAUAACCGACAGCAUUAUUUUGUAAAACAAGUAAACCUUGACAAAUUUACAGUAUAACAAGACAUACGUGACAAGCACAUAACAUGAUUAGUCUCUAAUGUUAUACUUAUAAAAUCAACUAAUUCUGUGUUGCGAUCUUAUUUCAGUUCUACUAAAUCUGCAGAACAAUCUCCUCAGUAUUCAGCUACAUCUUUAUUUGCUUGUUUUGGAGCACUGCUUCACUGAGGAUCCCAGUUUGUCAGCCAGCAGAAAUGGGUUGAGGUGGCAGUACUGAGGAACAAAUUAAGAAAAUCCAUGGUUACUUCUACACGAGACAAAUUGUUGCUAUGAAUUGUGCUUAUUGUAAAACGUCAAUAUAGGCAACAUUCUUGCAUGCAAAACACAGGUCAACUUUAUUCUAUUUCUGAAUACAGUCAGUAUCUGUUUUUUUUAAAUGAAAGCAUUUCAGCUAAGGUAAACCCAAAACAUCAGCUACCUGUGGUGUUGACUCUGAGUCGGACUCUGGUUGAUCCGAGACCUGGAUUUUGAAAUCCGGGGAGAAACGAGAUCUCUGGAGGAUUGCUGCCAUCUCUCCAUUCACCACCACUGCCACAUCUUUCUGCAUAGCACAAAAGAAAACAGUGAUAUAAUCUUUCCAAAAACACAACAAAUUAUAUUUAAGUAAGAAUAUGCAGCAUUUCUUUUGAUUGAAAAAGAUAUACAGACCUACAUCUUACUUACAUUAUACAUUACUGGAUCAAUAAGCCACAGGUUAGUAAAUAACCUGUGUGAACAUUGAUAAAGAUAUUUUAAUAUCGGCCUGAUUGGCCUUUUAUUAUACCUUGAAACAGUGGGAGGAAUCAAAGUCUAGCUGAUCUGGGAAAUCUGCCACAGUUCCUUUAUAGGUCACGGUCGCCUCAGACACGACUGGACUUUUGGGCAGCUUAAAGAGCCGGUAAGUGCCCGAAGCAAAGCCGACAUCCCCUGGAAAAAAACAAAGAACUGGCUCAAUUGUAAAGUGAUAAUUAUCUUUUCUUGUAAUCUAAAUGUUGCCUUCAUGUUACCUGCUUUUGCUUUGAGCUCACUGUUGUAGAUCACAAUGUGGCUGGCUGAAACGAGAUGUGGAGUGCUGAAACCUACGCCGUGUGCCAACGAAAUGAGAUCCUGCCAAAACAGAGAACCACCCAUUCCUUCACCUGGACCAGAAAUCAAAGGGGACACACACACACACACACACACACACACACACACAAACAAACAAACAAACGGAGGGUAUUGUCUGUCAGCGGUGCACCGAUUCUGCUCUUUUACGAUGACUUUUAGAUGAUAAUAUAAACUUAUUUUUACCCCACAGGACUGGAUCUUCCUUCAUGUGAUCAGGAACGACUUUGCUGGCAUACAUGUCACUAAAGUACAGCUCACCUCCCUCCUGUGUAAAAUGAGAUAAACAGAGUUCCCAUCACAUCUUCCCUUUCAACACAUUAACGCAGCUGGUCGAAAUUCUUCAGACUAACCUUCAGGAUGUUGUAAGCUUGCUGUAGCACUGCUCUUUUAUCAGGACACAAACAGAUCACACAGUUGGAUCUGGAUACAUUAGAGGGAAAAACAGUGUUUAUCGAUUAAUCUAAGCUGUCUUAUUGUAACAGAUAAUGUAGAAUCACAUCCAUGUUUUAAACCUACAACACAACAUCCACUGAGUCACUAUGCAUGCCAGCUUCACCGAGCUUCUCCAUGUACCCCUGGACAAACGUGAUGUUGGGCUUCUCAUAGCCAAACUUCUUCUGAUGAUACUCGAUGUACUGACGGGAUACUGCGAUCUAAAGAAAUGCGAGUUUGAUUAGUAGAAAGCACAGAAAUCUAGCCUCAAACGUUGUGUGAACAUGUAUGCGUCAUCACCAGCUCCUCCGUCAUAUCGAUCCCUGUCAC